AUGGCUCACCACAAUCUAUCUGGUUCUUUCAAAACAAAUAAACGUCGUCAUGUCGAUUCUUUAACGUCUGACGAAGAAGAAACAUCAACUGAGAUUGCAGAUUCUUGGCCGAGAUUCAUUGUCAUCGCAUCUGCUGAUGGCAAUCCUUUAAAACUAAAUCCUUUCGCUAUCUCGAAAGGCAUUCAAAGUGCCUGUGGAGAAGUUACCAAUGUUACACGUCUUCGUUCUGGUUCCAUCCUUGUGGAAAGUGCACGGAGACAACAAUCUGUCAAUCUGCUGGGUCUACAGCAGUUUGUUAACACCCAGGUUGUUGUUUCGGUGCACAGGACACUAAAUUCAAGUAGAGGCAUUGUCAGGGACCGCGCACGCUGUCUUUCUGACAUGGCAGAAGAAGAGAUUGCUGCUGAAUUGAAACAUCAAGGGGUCACUGCUGUUAAGCGGUUCAGUAGAAAAUCAGAAGAUGGAAAAUUUAUCCCAACUAACACAUAUCUUUUUACUUUUUGUCUUGCUAAAAUACCAAAUUCUAUUAAAGCCGGUUACUUUAACAUCGGAGUGGAGGUUUAUGUUCCAAAUCCUCUCCGGUGUUACAAGUGUCAACAGUUUGGACACGGGGCAAAAACUUGCACUCGCAAGGCCAGAUGCUUCCGUUGCAGUGGAAUUCACGAAGGUUCCGAGUGCACAGAUGAUGUCAAGUGUGCCAACUGCGAUGGGGAGCAUGUGGCCUCAUCCAAAUCAUGUCCAGUGUUCGUAUCAGAAUCACAGAUCUUAUAA